AUGAAGCUCCUCACCACCACCCUCGCUGUGCUCUCGGCACUCCCCCUUGCCCUCGGCUUCGCCACGUACCCCUCCGUGGAACCCCUACCUGCCCGUGAUAUCUUUGCGCGCCAGGAGUUCAUUGAAAAGCAUUUCUGCUACCCAGUUGAAGCGGUUCCCAGUCUUCGUCCUGGGAAGACUGUGGACGUGAACAAGCUCGUUGCGCUGGUUUCAGUGGAGACGAACGAUGUCUUGAUGCUGAAGCAGACUUGUACCGUUUUUACGUGCUAUAACAAUAUAGGGAUCAACCUUUGCAACUUCGAUUCGAAGGAUGUUGUGAUAACCGCUCUCAAGCUGGCCCUAGAGAUCAAUGAAAUUUCCGUCUAUUGCAACCAGGGCGGCCUGACUGCAGGUGUAAAGUCUAGCAAGAAUGGAUACACCGUCACCGUGGGAUCGAUUGGCUCAAUCAAGCCAGGAUGGAGCUGUGCUUAG